AUGUCCAACAGUCGUCAUGCAAUCAAUUGCAUCCCAGUUGAUGAGUGGGCGCCGAGUCUCCGUGAAUUGCAGGGGAGUCCGUUACCAACAGAUAGAGCACUUGGUGUGCAAUGGGACUCAGAGAAAGACGAAUUCUUGUUCCAACUCCAGUUACUUGAGACGACAGCGACUCGUGGAGGAAUUCUGUCUUCUUUGGCCAGCCUCUACGAUCCAAUGGGCUUCGUCGCACCGUGGCUACUGCCGGGCAAGAUUCUGCUGCAUGACCUGUGUAGAAAAAUGGUUACUUCGGAUGAGACUCUAUGCGAAGCGGAUCGCAAGACCUGGCAAGGCCGGUGGCUGAGCCUGUCCAAGCUGGGCGAUAUACGACUUCCUCGUUCCAUACGAGGAAUGCACAAAGGAGAGCAAAGUGAGUUACACAUUUUUGCGGACGCGUCGGAGGUGGGAUACGGGGUUGUAGCCUACGGUUGCUCGUCUCGGCCAGUUGGAAGGGAUUAUAACAGUAUUCUGUUCGCAAAGGCCAGAGUCGCCCUCUAA